GGUUAUGAAGCUCCCAUGCGCAUACACCACUUUGCCCAUGUCCAUGAGUAUGAUACUUUGCUUUCUGCUUUCCUGUACAGCCCUUCAAUAAAGCAACUCUUCAUUUUGUGUCAUGGGCUUCUGAACGCCCUGAGGCGGUUAACCAUUUUAACUACGGAUCUUGAAUUGGGAGGACUACAACUUCCACUCGGCCUUGCGCUCGUUGCGGCAGGACUCUCGCGAGACUUCGUGAAGCCGUGGAUUUCAGCCCGUGCAACCCCGUGCCCGCUCUCUUUCCCUAAGAUGGCUCCGAAGGUGAAGAAGGAAGCUGUCCCUGCCAAGACUGAAGCUAAAUCUAAAGCCUUGAAGGCUAAGAAGGCUGUUUUGAAAGGUGUUCACAGUCACAGGCGGAAGAAAAUUAGGACAACACCUACCUUCAGGAGACCAAAGACACUCAGAUUGAGAAGGCAACCCAAGUAUCCCAGAAAGAGUGCUCCCAGGAGGAACAAGUUGGACCAUUAUGCUAUUAUUAAAUUCCCUCUCACCACUGAGUCUGCUAUGAAGAAAAUAGAGGACAACAAUACCUUGGUUUUCAUAGUUGAUAUAAAGGCCAACAAGCACCAAAUCAAACAGGCUGUUAAGAAACUGUAUGAUAUUGAUGUAGCCAAAGUCAACACACUUAUCAGGCCUGAUGGUGAAAAGAAAGCCUAUGUACGCCUGGCCCCAGACUAUGAUGCAUUGGAUGUCGCUAAUAAGAUUGGCAUCAUCUGAUAUGUUUACAAGAAGACCUUUAUAAAUAUUGCAAUAAAAAAUUUAAAAGAAAGAAUUACUUUCAAUUA